CCAUCACAUCACCCACCACCCGACGACACCAAAAGGUUCAGAAAUGGGUAGUUUCUCAAUCAUGUAAAAGCUGAAGCCGUUCAUACAGCUUCAUUGUAGCUGAGGCAAACCACACUCGACCAGCAAAUGCUCCCCAGAUGACCUCUAAUUUUGCGCAAGCGCAACAGCGCCUCGCCGCGCGUCGACAAGCCCGCGAAGCCGAAGCCCAAGCCCAAGCUGCGGCCCGCGCAGCUGCCCUCCGCUCCCAGUCUUCCGCCCGCGCCCGUGUCGCCCGAUUACCUUUCCCCUUCUCCCGCCUCGAUGCCGCCUGGGACACCCUCUCCUCCCGCGAGGGCACGCGUCCCGCUUUCCGCGUAGGCCAGGUCGACGCCGAGCUCCUCGACGACGAGCUCACCGAGCUGCUGCGCCGCCAGGUCGGCGAGGCGCUCAAGUACUUCGGCGGCGGCCACAUCCAGGACGACUGGUCCGCCGAGAUCCUGCUCGCCCUGCGCGCCGUCUUGUUCAAGUUGACCGUUUGGGACCACGACGCGACCUACGGCGCCGCGUUACAGAACCUCAAGUACACCGACGCGCGACACGCCGGGCCCGUGCUGGCGCCGCCCUCGCGCUGGCAAAAGUCGCUCUACGGGCUGUUCACCGUCUUUGGGAAGUAUGCCUGGACCAGGUGGGAGGGGUGGCUCCUGGAUCACAACGACGGAUACGAGGAGCCGAGCCCGAGGAUACAGCGGCUGUCGCGCAUAACGGAAAAAGCAUCGACCCUUCAUUCGGCGGGGGCGCUGGUGUCGUUCCUCGUCUUUCUCCUACAGGGCCGGUACAGGACGGUCCUGGACCGGGUGCUGAGGAUGCGUCUCGCCCCGCCGACCAGCCAGGUUAGCAGGGAGGUCUCGUUCGAGUAUCUCAACCGGCAGCUCGUGUGGCACGCGUUCACCGAAUUCCUUCUCUUCAUUCUGCCGCUCGUCGGCGUCCACCGGUGGAAAAGGUGGCUUUCGCGGACAUGGCGGAAGACCAAGGAGCUGAUCAAGGCGAGCGGAUCGGGCGACGGUGAACGGGGCGCACAGGGAGAAUACGCUUUCCUGCCCGAGCGGACGUGUGCCAUUUGUUACCAGGACCAGAACGCGGCGGCAUCGACCGAGGACGAGAUCAUGGCCGCCGCGGCUUCGAGCGGCGUCGUUGGCUCGGCGCAGACAGACAUCACGAACCCCUAUGAGACGAUAGCCUGUGGAUGUGUGUACUGUUUUGUGUGCAUCGCGACGAGGCUGGAGAGAAAGGAAGGAGAAGGUUGGACGUGCUUGAGGUGCGGCGAGCUCGUCAAGGAGUGUAAGCCGUGGAAUGGAGACGUGCUAGAGCCCGUCAAGAAGUCACCAACAGGCAAGGUGGUGGCCUUCUCGGAUGAAUUCACCCAGGAUGAUACUGUGGUUGUCAGGGAGUCUGAAGGCGACGGAGCCUCGGAACAAGACCUCUAG